AUGAAGGGGGCCUUCAGAACCCUGCUGAGCAAAGUGCUGAGAAGAAUAGAAAAUGGAUUUUCGGCGCCCACGGGAAAGACGCGCUUGGCGCACGCGAGGAGAGGUGCAAGUGAACACGACUGGGCUCGCGGCGUCAGUGGGAGUGCGCGCGCACACCUGCAGUUGGCCUUGUGGCACGAGGAGGACCGUGGACGGAGCGGCCGGGAGGACGGGGCGAGGGACCACCCAGGUGAUCGCACCUCCGGGAGGACGGCCCUUCUCGCGGCGGCAACCAUCGGUGGAUUGCACCUUCUUCUAAACAUCGCAGAGGAUGGAGAGCAAAUGGGGACGAAAAAAAGAAAGAACUUUUUUUCCACCCCACUUAUGAGAAACGAAAUAGCCAACUGUUGCGGAAUCAUGGCGUACCUAGGAAAUAGAGACGCUUCCAAAAUUCUAUUUGACGGUAUAGAGGUGUUGCAAAAUAGGGGUUACGAUUCCUGUGGCAUGUCCACAAUCAGCAACACCAAUGGGACGCUAAAGACGACUAAGUAUGCCAGCACCUCGACGAGUGAUGCUAUAGAAAAGUUGAGAGGAAACUACUCGGCUAGUCACAAAAAUGACAGAAUAGGAAUUGCACACACGAGAUGGGCAACACAUGGGUGUAAAGUGGAUGAAAAUGCUCACCCACAUAUGGAUUACAACGAACGGAUCAGCAUCGUCCAUAACGGAAUUAUAGAAAAUUACAGAGAGUUGAAAACCUUCCUGUUGGGGAAGAAGAUCCCCUUUAAGUCAAACACCGACACGGAGGUAGUAGCCAAUUUGAUAGGCUAUUUUCUAGACCAGAAAGAGACCUUCCAGAAUGCAGUGCUGUCUGCAAUUAGGCAGUUGGAAGGGACAUGGAGCUUCUGCAUAAUACAUAAGGAUCAUCCAGAGGAAAUGAUUCUUGCAGCCAACGGGUCUCCAUUGCACAUUGGAUUUAAAGACAACGAGAUCUUUGUUGCCUCGGAGCAUUCGGCUCUGUUCAUGUUUACCAAUGAAUAUAUUUCGCUGAAAAACGGAGAGAUUUUAUCAAUCAAUAAGGACAAGAUAAAUGAUCUCAAAAUGGAGAAAAAAGUAGAAAGCAUACCAGAAGUUGUUAUACAAAAGACACCCCACCCUUUUCCUCACUGGACACUCAAGGAGAUACAUGAGCAGUCAAUUACUUUGUCUAAGACGUUAAAUAAUGGAGGCAGGUUUAGCAUUCUGAAUAACUCCGUAAAAUUAGGAGGUCUAGAUCCCUAUGUGGAGGAACUCUCCAGAAUUGAAAAUGUCAUUUUAAUCGGUUGUGGCACAUCCUAUUAUGCUGCUCUUUUUGCAAAAUAUGUAAUGCAUUACUUGAAUUGCUUCAACACGGUCCAGGUAAUGGAUCCAAUGGAUUUUAACGUUUCUGUCGUUCCGAAAGAGAAGGAAGGAGUUAUCUUCAUUUCGCAGAGUGGAGAAACUCGAGAUGUCAUUAAGGCUUGCAAAUUAGCUGAUGAUCUGAAUUUGAAGAAGUUGUCUGUCGUUAACUCUGUUGGGUCCACCAUUGCUAAUAUGACUGGACGGGGGGUUUACCUAAAUGCCGGAAGAGAAGUUGGAGUUGCUUCCACGAAGUGUUUCACUGCAGAAGUGUCUGUCCUCACCUUAAUAGCCAUCUGGUUUUUCCAAAACAAAAAGGGAACCUACCAUUCUUCUCACUCUAAAGUAAGCUCCUUAAUCAAUUCCAUGCACAGACUUCCUCUAUACGCUGGUACAACUGUUAAAUCGUGUGAAGCUAAGUGCAAGAGUCUAGCUAAUAAACUGAGCAAUGCCAAAUCCAUGCUUAUUGUUGGGAACGGGUUAAGCUACCCAAUCGCCUUGGAGGGGGCACUAAAAAUUAAAGAACUCACUUAUAUUCACUCCGAAGGGUUUACUGGGAGUGCUUUGAAACACGGGCCCUAUGCACUCCUGGGUGGUGAAGACAACAUGCCUGUCAUUAUGCUCAUCUUUAAUGACUCCUCCAAAAAUGUAAUGAUGAAUACGGGUGAGCAGAUAAAAUCCAGGGGGGCGCACAUCAUUUGCCUGACGGAUGACGAAGAUCUGUGCAAGCACUUCGCCGAUGACAUCAUCUUGAUCCCCAACAACGGGCUGCUCACGCCCCUGCUGGCCGUCAUCCCCCUGCAGAUGCUCGCCUACUACACGGCCGUGGCGCGCGGCAACAACCCCGAUCGACCGCGCUGCCUCGCCAAGACGGUCACCGUGUCGUAG